AGUAGGUUCCAGAACCAGACAUGGCGACGUCCAGUGUUUUCAGACCAGGCUUGUUUAACCAUAAAGUAGCGAUUGUAACGGGCGGCGGGACCGGUAUCGGUAAAGCCAUCUCUGCAGAGCUGCUGGAGCUCGGUUGCAGUGUGGUGAUCUCCAGCAGAAAGGUAGAGAGGUUGGAGGCGGCAGCUCAGGAGAUGAGACAAAGAAUCCCUGCCUCCAGCCCUGCGUGUGUCACUCCUCUACCGUGUAACAUCCGAAACGAGGACGAGGUAAAUGUGCACACACACACCUUCAGCCUCUGUAUCUGUGUCAUGUUGAUGUUGUCAGUGCAUGAUCACCAGGGGCCUACAGUCUACACAGCGUGGAUGAAACAACAUGGAGGUGUGAUCGUCAACAUCAUUGCCGACAUGUGGAAAGGCUUCCCAGGCAUGGCACACACAGGGGCAGCGAGGGCAGGAGUGGACAACUUAACAAAGAGUCUGGCCAUCGAGUGGGCGGCCUCAGGAGUCAGAAUCAACUCUGUGGCACCUGGAAUAAUCUUUUCCAAAACUGCAAUGGAAAACUACAAGGACAUUGGACCAACAAUUUUCAAGACGGCCAUUCCAUUAAGCCCUGCGAAGAGGCUGGGAGUACCAGAGGAGAUCUCAUCAGCAGUGUGUUUCCUGCUCUCUCCUGCUGCCUCCUUCAUCUCUGGAGCCACCCUAAGGGUCGAUGCAGGACAGAGUCUGUACCACUCCAUGUGGGAGAUACCUGACCACAGUGCAUGGCCCGAGGCUCCAGAGGGAGAGAACCUGGACGCUCUGAAGGACCUGCUCAACCCACGAAGCAAACUCUGAUUCACUUUUAUGGCAGAGUCUGAACCCGGGUCAUAAACACACAGUUGGCCAACCAUCAUGGACCAUGAGCUGUAAAGGCACCAUAAACACAGUCAAUGAAACAAGACACCAGAGUGGCCUGGGUAGAAGAUGUUCUGAUUUGUUAUUAUUGCAAAUAAUGUAAAUAAUUGUUUGUAAUUAUUAGCAACAUGAGUGUCUGAUUAGUUUCUUGGAUGAUAAGCUGUGACAUAAACUGUUGAAAUGUAUGUAGAAUGUUUUUUCCAAUGCCUUUGUCAGUAAACACAAAGUGCUUUUAACAAAGUGCUUUAAAAGUGGAGACUAAAUAUAGAAACAGGAAAGGAAAAUGGCAGUGAUUUAUUUUAAAUUUUGCACUGAUUUAGUGUCUCUGAGGCUGAUUCAGGAGCUAAAAUAUUAAAAUCACCUUUGGUUUUUUGCUUGGACCUGAAACGGUUACUGGUUCCACAAUAAACAGCAGUAAAUGUUUUGAUGGUUAGUAUCACCAUUUCAAAUUUGAAUUAUCCUUAAAAGAAGUGUUUGAUUGCUGCACUUUUAAAACUCACGGUAAAUAUGCAGCAUCAACCAAAAGUAGCAACAGUCUCCCAGAUGCAUGGGUUUCUUCUGUAAUUCCCUGAGUGGGCGUGCAGCAAAUCUGGCUUCUGGUCCCUGUCCUCAUCAACAGUGACAGACACUCGAGCAAGCAUGUCAAAGACAGACUUUCUCUAAUGUUAAUUACUGCACAUUUGAUAUGGUUUCCAUGUGUUUACAUAGGAUACAAGCUAUGUUAUAAUUUUAAUGUUCAUGCAAACAAAAACUGCUGCUAAUUUUGUUUGUGGUUUUUAAUAGAAAAAAAAAAAAUUAAAUUAAAUUAAAAAACACUGACAAAAUUA